AUGGCUACCGGCGACUUUCCAUCCGGCCCUCGGCCGGAGGCUGAUAAGAACUGCGCCCCUACCACCCACCAACCGUCCUACGGCAGAGGAUAUCAGUCUUCUCGCCCACUCAUUGAAUCUGCCCGCAAUGGAUGGCAAUCACAAACACGCACUCAGUAUCACCACAGCUCCUCUUCAGACGACUCGAAAACUCCGCAAUGGACCGAGAUGGUGCAGUCCAUGGCAACCGCACCGCGUUUUCGCCGGUAUGCUUUGAUAUACCUUUCACUCUUCAUCUUCGGAUUGAUUGGAUGGAGAUUCUUGAUUUCACCGCGAAUGCAAGAGAGAACUUCAUUGUUAAAUUCACUCGAUCCGAACACAAAAACGGACGCGGUCGGGCGGUUCGGGGCGAACGCGAUGCCUCAAUUCAAUGAUUUGAUUCAAAUCCAGAAUUUGAGCCCGGAUUUAGUGCCCGGUGACUUAGCGGGAGCUGAUGCAGAUUCCAAGCAAAAACAGAGACUGAUCAUCGUAGGCGAUGUGCAUGGCUGCAAAAAGGAGUUGGAUAAGCUUCUCGAAAAAGUCAACUUCAAUCAAAAAAGCGGCGAUCAUUUGAUCUUUGUCGGAGACAUAAUAAACAAGGGACCAGACAGCGCCGGAGUUUUAGAUCUGGCUCGAGAGUUAUCGGCCUCUAGUGUCCGUGGCAACCACGAAGACCGGAUUUUGCUUCACAGGCGUGAGAUGGCAAGAACCAAUACUCUCGCCGAUACCGAUGAUGCGGAGUCGUCAUCGUACUCACCCAGAGAGCUCAGCGAGCGCGCACUAGCACGCUCCUUCAGCGACGAACAGGUUCAAUGGCUUGAGAGUUGCCCUGUCAUCUUGGAUGUUGGUCAGAUACCAAAUAUGGGUCAUGUGGUAGUCGUCCACGCAGGACUUGUGCCCGAAAUCGAGCUUGACCGGCAAGAUCCGGUCAGCGUCAUGACCAUGCGAACAAUUGAUCUGCAUACCCAUGUGCCUAGCCCAAAGAAGAAAGGCAUGAAUUGGGCAAAGAUGUUUGAUCAACAUCAAUCGGUAUUAUAUUCUGGAUUCGAGUCCACGGCCGAGAACCCACGCGCGAAGACCAUGACUGUUGUCUACGGCCAUGACGCUCAUUCUUCUCUCUCUAUUCGAACAUUUACAAAAGGCCUUGACUCCGGCUGUGUAAAAGGAGGCAAAUUGACGGCUCUGGUCAUCGAGGAUGGUGGGAAGCAAAACAUUGUGCAGGUUUCGUGCCCUGGCUAUGUCAAAGACUGA